GCCUUCGUGCUGCCCGUGCUGCAGGCGCUCUCCGAGGACCCCUACGGCAUCUUCUGCCUGGUGCUGACGCCCACGAGGGAGCUGGCCUACCAGAUCGCCGAGCAGUUCCGCGUCCUGGGGAAGCCCCUCGGCCUGAAGGACUGCGUCGUGGUGGGCGGCCUGGACAUGGUGGCCCAGGCACUAGAGCUCUCCCGCAAACCCCAUGUUGUCAUUGCUACACCUGGCAGGUUGGCAGAUCACCUCCGCAGCUCCAACACUUUCAGCCUUAAAAAGCUAAAGUUCUUGGUUUUGGAUGAGGCUGAGCAAAAAUUUACUGACUUCACUGAGGACCUGGAGGUGAUCCUAGAGGCUGUUCCAGCACGCAGACAAACGUUGCUUUUCAGUGCCACGCUAACCGAUACACUGAAUGAACUGAAGAGUCUUGCCAUGAACAGGCCUUUCUUCUGGGAGGCUUUGUCAGAGGUGCGGACAGUGGAUGAAUUGGACCAGCGCUACUUGCUUGUGCCAGAGACAGUCAAGGAUGCGUACCUGGUCCAUUUAAUCCAGACCUUUCAGGAUGAGCAUGAAGACUGGUCUAUUAUUGUCUUUACCAAAACCUGCAAGGACUGCCAAGUCUUGAACAUGAUGCUUAGGAAGUUCAACUUUCCUUCUGUAGCUCUGCAUUCCAUGAUGAAACAGCGGCAGCGAUUUGCGGCUUUAGCAAAGUUCAAGUCCAGCAUCUUUAGGAUUCUUAUUGCCACGGAUGUUGCUGCCAGAGGUUUGGACAUUCCUGCAGUACAAGUUGUCAUCAACCACAAUACUCCAGGCUUGCCAAAAAUCUACAUUCACCGGGUUGGCCGGACAGCCCGUGCUGGUCGGCACGGAAUAGCUAUUACAAUGGUGACACAGUACGACAUCCAUCUGGUACAUGCUAUCGAGGAUGAAAUCAAACUGAAGCUGCAGGAGUUUUCUGUGGAGGAGCGCUUUGUGCUUGACAUCCUCACCCAGGUGUACAUCACCAGGAGGGAGUGUGAAAUAAAACUGGAGGGGAUGGAUUUUGAUGAAAAGAAAGAAAUAAAUAAGCGGAAACAAAUGAUCCUUGAAGGGAAGGAUCCGGAUCUGGAGGCAAAAAGGAAGGCAGAACUGGCCAAGAUCAAGAAGAAAAACAAGCAAUUCCGUGAGAAGAUCCGGCAAACACUGGAGGAGAAAAAGCAACUGCAGCUGAAGAGGAAACUGCAGAAGAGGAUAGAGCGGCAGAACAGACUGCGUGCUGAGGAAGAGAAAUAACAUCCUUUGGCCUGACUUAUUUCUACUCAUAGGGAGCUUGGGAGCCCUGCUGGUUGGCUGUUACCACCCUGAUGUUGCUCCUGCUUUGGGGAUACUGAGCCCUAAUGGGUUUUAAUGUGGACAAUUCUGACUUGAAAUUGGUGUUGGAGAGUUUGGGGGAAGCAGGUGAGGGAGGAUGGGAUCCUCUCAAAAACCAUCUCCGUUACUUUUCAUUCCUGCGUAAUGCUGCUGGCUUGAGCCCCUCCUGAAAGGCUGGAUCCAUCUCCUGGAAGAAUGUCCUUCAAAAGCGCAUCCCUUUCCCGAGCAAAGGACAGCCAGACCUGAAUUGUUGGUGACAUGAAGGGAAAUAAGGAUUCUCUCUCUCUCUCCAGUCAGUCAUUGCUCUUUCCCUUACAAGGGCUGGUGCUUUCCACUCUUGUUUAUAUCAACAGAUUCUCCCCUGAGCCAGAGUCUAAAAAUACUGCGACAGGAUGAUCUCAGCCCCUCGACCUGGCAUAGCCCAUGGUUUUCUGAGAGGAAAAUUUCCUGGAACACAUAGGGAGGUUGUGUUGUGCAGCUGGUCUUGAGGCCUAUCCUUCUGAUAAUGCUGCUUUAUGCAUUUAUGUGGCACCCUUGCCUGUGAUCAUCUGCCUCAGUUUGGACUCCAGCACUGCUGAUUGGUGUGGGUAGUAGAGUCCUGGUUCCCUCAGUGACUUGGGCUUCUGGGGACUCUUGAUCUGAUCUUGCUUUCCCAGGUGAUAGUCAGUUCAAAGACCUUUUCUGGUGCAGAAGGUGAAAAGCCAAUGAGGUGGGGCUCCCAUAUUUCUUGUACCAUCUAAGAGUAACCAGAAAGGUUUCUGGGCCUCCCAGCAUAGAUUUGCAUCAUGUAUAUUUGGAACAGGAGGUUGGCCAAGGGGUGCUGAGAUCUUCUGAAAAUCAUUUGGCAUAAAAGUGCUUCCCCACAGAGCCUCAAAUCCCAGAGCAGGCUCAGGUCAUAGGGUUUGGCCAGCUCUGUUUCUAAUGUCAAGUUUGAUUGUCAGUGCCUUCUUUAAUGUUUGAGGAACUGUUAUUUCUGUUCUCUGGUUUGCAAGAAUAGUUUCUGUGGUCAGGCCCCAAAUAAAUACUUAUUGGCAACAGGU